AUGUGGCUCUCAAAUUCGAGCUGUGAGGAUGUGGUGGUUUCGGCUUGGGGUAGUGGAAGUGAUGUUGGGAUAGAGGGUAAUAUUUUGAGUAAAAUUGAAAAGUGUGGGAAGGAGUUGGAGCAAUGGGAGAAAAAUGUGUUUGGUAAUGUUAGGAUGGAAUUGAGCCGUUUGAAAAAAGCACUAACUAAAGAAGAGAGGGCAGCCAUGGUGAGUGGAAACAACUACAGGGUGAGACAGCUUAAAAAAGAGAUUGAGGUGUUGCAGGAUAAGGAAGCCACGAUGUGGGCUCAACGGUCAAAAAUUCUAUGGGCAAAUGAAGAGGGGAUAGUAUCCACAGGUACUUUUGAUUGUGUACCAACAAUGAUAGAUGAGGAGAUGAAUGAAAGUCUUUGUCGUGAGUUUGAGGCAAGUGAAUUUGCCAAUGCCCUUCAACAAAUGGCGCCCCUCAAAGCACCUGACCCGGAUGGUAUGCCCCCGCUCUUUUACCAGCAUUUUUGGAGCACGGUUAAUCAGGACGUCACCUCAUCCAUUUUGUCUUGGUUAAAUUCAGUUCUUGCAAAUCGCCUUAAAAAUAUACUUCCAUCCAUUAUCACUGAACACCAAUCUGCCUUCACAAAGGGUAGAUUAAUUUCGGAUAAUAUUUUGGUGGCCUUUGAGACCUUGCAUAGUUUACAAAGUUUUAGGGGAGGUAAUUAUGGUUAUAUGGCACUAAAAUUAGAUAUGAGUAAGGCGUAUGAUCAGGUGGAGUGGUCUUAUUUGGAGGGGAUAAUGAGGAAGAUGGGUUUUAGGGAGAGGUGGAUAAAUCUUGUAAUGGGUUGUGUUAAAACUGUUUCCUAUUCUGUUUUGGUAAAUGGUGAUCCAUGUGGGAUGAUUUUUCCUACAAGGGGUAUUAGGCAAGGAGACCCACUCUCUCCUUUCCUAUUCCUUCUUUGUACGGAAGGUUUGAAUGGCUUAAUUAAGAAGGCUGAAUUACAAGGUGAUAUCCAUGGAUACUCCCUUUGCAGGAGGGGUCCAAAACUAACGCAUUUGCUCUUUGCAGAUGAUAUUUUGAUUUUUUGUAGGGCAACAAUGGAGGAGUGUGGAAAGGUCUUGAAUAUACUAAAGGAGUAUGAGGAAGCCUCGGGACAAAAAAUGAAUAGAAGUAAAACCUCUUUGUUCUUUAGCAAGUCUGUACCGGAGGAGGAAAAACAUGGAAUCAAGGUGGCCAUUGGAGUCCCCGAAAUCUUGCACUAUGAAAAAUACCUCGGGCUGCCCUCUUUAGUUGGCAAAGGUAAAAAAGAGAGUUUUAACUACAUAAAGGAGAAGGUAUGGCGGAAACUCCAAGGGUGGGAAGCUAAAUUGCUUUCGCAAGCGGGAAGAGAAGUGCUCCUAAAGGCAAUCAUACAAGCCAUCCCUACUUACACUAUGGGGUGUUUCAAAUUGCCAUUGGGUUUAUGCAAUGAGAUUGAGACUCUAAUCAAGAAGUUUUGGUGGGGUCAAAGGGGUGAUCGAAGGAAAAUCCAUUGGGUAAAAUGGGAGGAAAUGACAAAAUCGAAGACUAUUGGAGGUAUGGGCUUUCGAGAUCUUGCUAUGUUCAAUGACUCUCUCUUGGCAAAGCAAGCUUGGCGGCUCUUGCAUGAUAAAACCUCACUCUUUUACAAAGUGUUUAAAGCUCGUUUCUUCCCACAUUCGACAAUUAUGGAGGCUGCCGAUUCGAAGAUGGGGUCAUAUGCUUGGAAGAGCAUCCUUAGGGGUAGAGACAUAAUUCAAAGAGGGGCUUUAUGGAGGGUUGGAAAUGGAGAAAAAAUUAACAUUUGGCAGCAGCGUUGGCUGCCAAGAAAACACCCAACUCAGCUGCCAACUUGCCCUCUAGAGAGCUUUGAAAAUCAUACCAUAGCCACCCUCAUUGAUCCAAGCACAAGAAGAUGGAAUGAAGAGUUGGUGGAUGGGUUAUUUGUGACCGAGGUCGACGCUGAAUUAAUUAAGAAAAUCCCACUUAGCUGUAAUGCAGCAGAGGACAACCUAUAUUUGCCUUAUACUCCAUCCGGAAAUUACUCAUGUAAAUCCGGAUACAGAUUUCUUAAGGAAGAAGCGGAACUAGAAUCAAAUCCGCAAGCCCCCCCAAUCUGUGAGAGGCGGCUUUGGAAGGAAAUAUGGCAGAUGCAAGCCCCUCCAAAGAUUAAAAACUUUCUUUGGAGGGCCUGCCAUAAUGCACUGCCAACCAAACAAGCAUUAAUGCGAAGAAAGAUUGUAGAGGAUCCAACGUGUGAGAGAUGUAAACAGGCAGUGGAGGAUCUGUUACACGCACUAUGGUUGUGCCCGGAACUGGAUGAGGUGUGGUCAGAUCAAGAAAGAAAUAAAGCACGUCUGAAUUUGCAAGCCAGCCCGCUUCAUCAGGUUGCUGCUCAAUCACAGACUAAGCUAGAGCAAUACAAUGCUGACAUUCACAUUUCAGAAGUACAGAGAGGGAGUAACAGCAGUGGGGGAAAUAGGUGGAAAGCUCCGCCAAUAGGAUUCGUGAAAGCAAACUUUGAUGCAGCAAAUUCUGAAGUCUCACAGUUGUCUGGUGUAGGGGUGGUAAUAAGAGAUUCUAAUGGUGAUGUUUUAGCUUCUUGUGCAGAAAAAAUUGAUCAAAGUUAUAAGGCAGAAGACACGGAAGCCAUGGCUGCACUGAAGGCUUUGACUUUCACACACGAACUGGGUUUCCAAAAUGUUGUUCUUGAAGGUGAUGCUUUGAGCUUAAUUCAGCAGUUGAAGUCACAAGAUCAGAAUAUAUCGCCGUGGGGUCUGCUGGUAGAUGAUGUGAAAGUGUAUGGAACUAAGUUUAGAAGAGUAUUGUAUUCUCAUGUUAAGAGAAAUGGCAAUAGUGUAGCACAUAAUCUGGCCAAACAUGCAAUAUGCAUAUCAGAUUUUCAACUUGAACAAAUGAAAGUGAUUGCAAUUUUACUGCAAUAUUACAAAAAGUCUAAUAAUAUGAUUAUGCAUGGUUAA